GUCGUCUAUCGUUUGUUAUGUGUGAAUGGCAAAAUCGUGUUCUCUAACACGUGCGCGCUUGUUUUAUUAUAAAUUGUUUUUCAUAUAGUUGCAUUAACCCCGCUAUUACUUAAAAUGUCGAUCAGAGAAAAGCUGCUAAUGAAAAAAAUCGUUAAGCGCGAGAAAAUGAAGAAGGAGCUCUCGCUAAAAAAGGGUAAAGGAAAACAGGCAGCACCGGAGCCACCCGCCAUAAAACAGGGCAAAGGCAAACCGAACAAGCAAAAGCCUCAAAAGAAACGACCUGUAGAGGAUGAUGAAGAUGACUUGGAAGACGAUUUCCAGGAGCAGCCACAAUCCAAAAAGAAACAGCAGCAAAAGAAGAAUAAGCCACAAAUUGAGGUUGCAAACUCGGACUCCGAUUCCGAGUCAGAAUCCGAUGAGCAAGAAGAAGUGGAGAGUGCAAGUGAGGCGGAAGAUGAUGAUGAGGACGAUGAGGAAAUUGAUAGUGAAGCUGCUGACUUGCCCGACUCUGAGGAGGAGGAACCUGCGCCUGCCAAGAAACCCAAGCUGAAGGCAAAGGCUGCAACAAAAGCGGCCACAACAAAUGGCAAAGCUGCGGACGACGACAACGACACGCCCUUCUCGGUAGAGUCUUCGUUGGCUGCAUUGGACUAUCGUGAUUCCGAUGAUCGCAGCUUCGCUUCCCUUAAAGGAGCCGUGUCCGAGGCAACAUUACGUGCGAUAAACGAAAUGGGAUUCAGCGAAAUGACCGAAAUCCAAGCCAAGUCAUUGACGCCGCUGCUCAAGGGGCGGGAUUUGGUGGGCGCUGCCCAAACGGGAUCGGGAAAAACACUUGCCUUCCUCAUUCCCGCCGUGGAGUUGAUCAACAAGUUGCGUUUUAUGCCACGCAAUGGCACGGGCGUGAUUAUCAUCUCUCCCACUCGGGAAUUGUCCAUGCAAACAUUUGGUGUGCUCAAAGAGUUGAUGGCGCAUCAUCAUCAUACUUAUGGCUUGGUCAUGGGUGGUUCCAAUCGCCAGGUGGAGAGCGAGAAACUUGGCAAGGGCAUCAACAUUCUGGUGGCCACACCUGGUCGUCUUUUGGAUCAUUUGCAAAACUCACCGGAUUUCCUAUACAAGAACUUGCAGUGCCUGAUUAUUGAUGAGGUGGAUCGGAUUCUGGAGAUUGGUUUCGAGGAGGAGCUCAAGCAGAUCAUCAAUCUGUUGCCCAAACGUCGUCAGACCAUGUUAUUCUCGGCCACGCAGACGGAACGCAUCGAUGCGCUGUCCAAGCUGGCGCUGAAGAAGGAGCCCAUCUAUGUGGGUGUGCAUGAUGACCAGGCGACGGCUACGGUCGAGGGCCUGGAGCAGGGCUACAUUGUCUGUCCAUCGGAGAAGCGUUUGUUGGUGCUCUUCACGUUCCUCAAGAAGAAUCGCAAGAAGAAGGUCAUGGUCUUCUUCUCAUCCUGCAUGUCGGUCAAGUAUCAUCACGAGCUCUUCAACUACAUCGAUCUACCAGUGACUUCCAUACAUGGCAAACAAAAGCAGACGAAACGCACGACGACAUUCUUCCAGUUCUGUAAUGCCGAGUCGGGAAUCCUGCUCUGCACGGAUGUGGCAGCUCGUGGUCUCGACAUCCCGCAGGUCGACUGGAUUGUGCAAUAUGAUCCACCAGAUGAUCCCAAGGAGUACAUCCAUCGUGUGGGUCGAACGGCACGUGGUUCAGGCACAUCUGGACAUGCUCUAUUAAUGUUAAGACCCGAGGAAUUGGGUUUCUUGCGUUAUCUUAAGGCAGCCAAGGUGCCGCUGAAUGAGUUUGAGUUCUCUUGGCAAAAGAUUGCCGACAUACAGCAGCAGUUGGAAAAACUCAUAUCGAAGAACUAUUUCCUGAAUCAGUCGGCCAAGGAGGCGUUCAAGUCAUAUGUGCGCGCUUAUGACUCGCAUCAGCUGAAACAGAUAUUCAAUGUGAACACCCUCGACUUGCAGGCGGUGUCCAAGAGCUUUGGCUUCCUUGUGCCGCCCGUGGUUGACCUCAAGGUGGGCGCGGCCAAGCGAGAGCGCCCCGAGAAGCGUGUGGGCGGCGGCGGUUUCGGUUAUUACAAGCAAAUGAAUGAUGGCAACUCCAAGCAACGUGUCUUUAAGCAGGUCCAUCGGGAUCAGGCCAAGAAGUUUAUGCGUUAAGUUUAUUUAGCAUUAAAUUUGUAAACCAUAUACUUUUAUAUAAUAACAACUACAUGUUUGAAUGUAGCCGAAUGUA